AUGGUAACUAUCAACUUAUCAAAAAUCGGUAAGAUUGUUAUUUUCGUUUGGACUAUCGUUUCUGGAAUCUUAAUGCUUAUUACUGGUAUUACCCAUUUUUGUAAGAAUAAGUAUUCUAAGUAUAGGUCACCAAGUAAAUUCCCUGCUUUUACAUCUCAAAGUGGAUUGGCACUUCUAUUUCAGGCAUUAUUCUGUAUUGUUUUUGGAUUAAUGUUUAUUCUUCUUCCAUUCUUUUCAUUCCUUGGUAAAGUUAAAUUUAUUAAAACUAUUACCAUUUGUUAUAACAGAGCAACACUCAUUGUCUUCUAUCUUGUUGGAGGACUUUUAAUGUUCCCUUUAUGUGGAUGGAUGGGACUUAUCUUUGCAAUUAUUUUCUGGCUUUCUCUUCUUCUUAUCAUUGCUUCAUUCUUCAUCACUAAGAAUAUUUCUACAUUCAAAAGUGAAAGUUCUUCUGAUAAAAAUUAA